CUCGAGGCGUAGCGCUGUGAAAUAGCGACCUGGACCAGAUCCCACUCGAGCUUGCUGAGCCCCUCAAAGCCAACUCGCCCUGCCCCUGGGGCUACUUUUUAGGCGCUCGCCAUAACCUUUACUCUUUCACACCAACCACUCGCAACAAUGCCUGCCCUUGUGAGCGUCACCUCGCGCAUCGGCGCCCAGCACCGCGCAGCUGCCCCCUCCAAGGCGAGCGUGCGCGUGCCCGCCACAAUCGCUCGUGCUGAGCCCAAGUUCACUCUGGACAACAGCCGCAACAGCGCGGAGGGCUAUGUGGAGAAGGACACUGCGGGCCAGAGCAACAUGUACCCCACCGUGAUGAAGCCGUUCGAGGCGGGCAGCGCCUCCGACACUGUGCAGCAGGACAACUUCAACAACGCCCUGGCGGCCGGUGCCUCCGUGGCCGCCCUGGGUGCCAUUGCCCUGGGCCUGACCGCGCUUCUCAACGCGGGCAGCAGCACCCCGGCUGUGGACACUGAGGACUUCUCCGCCUACGACUCGCUGUCAUCCUACGCCGCCAAGUUCUCGCCCCGCGCCGCCCCCGCCCCUGUCGCCGCCCCCGUCGCCGAGCCCGUGGCCGUGGAGGCGCCCGCCGUGGCGUCCGAGUAAAGGCAGCAGCAAUAGCAGCCGGACACGGAGUGGGCUCCUUGUAGCUGCUUGGCCGGAGCUGUAGCUACUGCGAAGUUGCGGCUGCAGCUUUGCAGGGAAUCAGCAUCUCGGUGUGGUGGUCUAGCCGAGGACUGACGGCGUCAGCUGGCGUGGCUCGGGGCGCCGCGUGUGUGCCGCGCGUAGGUGCCAGUGUGUUGGCUAGUGUGGCAGUCCGCUGGUGCAGACCGUUGGGGGGACCAGCAAGCACGCCAGGCGUGUCAGUCGGUUUUGGGUGUGUCGUGUUUGAGAGUUGAAUGGUAGGAGUGGCGGAGCGAUCACCGGAUGACACAUGCGGCAUUUCUUGUGUUCAUACGUCCACGGGCCGUGAGGCUGCCACCGGCUGCCCCUCAUGGCUGCCCCUCGGUUUUGACGUUUUUCUUCGAGGGUGAGGCGUGUGCGCGUUGUGUGUGUGCGUGUGCCGGACCGCGUCUACGGUAUGUGCCGUGGACUCAAAUAUUAUGUGGAAUCCGCAUUUGGGUCAAUGAAGUACAGAGUGGUGUUGAUGCUCUCCGGACAUUACGGAUUGAGUGAGCAGUACGGUAUUGGUGUGGUGGCGACGCGUAACACACGCGUGGAAGUGGAUGCAGAGCUGUUUUGAGUAGUGUGGCUGGGCCUGCCUCUGUUGUGGGCGCUCAGACGCACGAAUGGCACCACUCAAGUGCUGACAGGCUGUAAACGAAGUGCAGCGCUGCAGCCCUGUGAAGCGUUGACGGUUUGACCUCUUCGCUGAAGCCCUA